AUGGUUGACUCGGAAGCGCUGGAGUGGACUGCUAUAAGCAACCCGUACCUGGAUUUCUACCAUAAGUUCGUAAAAGAGCAUCGAGGAGAACUUACAGCAGUGUUUGAUCCAGAUCUAAGUGAUGAAGUGCGCUCUGAAAUGUUCUCGGCGUUGGACGUACGGGUUGCAAUGAAAUACUCUUGGGCUAUUCCUGAUGAGCGUGCACUUCAAAUUAUUAAGCAUUACGGACCGAUUGUAGAGAUGGGAGCGGGCAGCGGGUAUUGGGCACGAUUGCUACAGCUUCGUGGCGUAAAUAUUAUUGCUUAUGAUUUGCAUGUUGCUGGUGACGAAGAGGAGGAGGGGGGAGGUGGAAAGGAGAGUCCUCCUGAAGCAGAAGAAGCGCAGGAAAGUCGUGGUGAAGAAGCCGAUGAGGAAUCAGACGACGGAGCAGAAGAAGAAGAAGAAGAAGGAAUGGAAGAGGAGAGAGAGGACGAAAAUGAAGAAGAGGUGGAGGUAGAACAGGUUUAUUGGACAGAAGUGAUCAAAGGGACACCUAAGGAUUUGCGCAAGCACGCGGACCGUGCGCUGUUUCUGUGCUACCCCGACGAUUUUGAGGAAAGCCAUGAAUCCAUGGCACUGGCAAGUCUUUGCAAUUAUGCAGGCGAUAUUGUGAUCCAUGUCGGCGAGCUGUUUGGCCACACCGUUUGCCUUCCAGGUGCAUGGGGUAGAACAUCGUCUGAGGAGUUUCAGACUCACCUGGCUACUGUGUAUCAUAAGAUACUGCAGGUGCCACUGCCGUCUUGGCACUCAAGCAUGGACACCCUGACAGUGUGGAAGCGUACCAAAUCUUCUAUAACGGAUGGUAUGAUGUAUGCGUUUAUUCCCGCGGAUGAGCGUAUUGACCUCGUUGCUGCGUCUUCAGCUACACGUCAUUUGUUGCUUCUCGGCAGCAACGACACUGAAGAAUUUGCGGCCUCGAUAUUAAAGAAGAGAUGCAGAAGCAGAGACAAUACUAGGCUUGCAGAGACCGCAAACGAAACGAAAAGUGACAACUGUGGCCUACGAGCAAAGCAAAACCAGAGCGAGUAG